AUGGAUCUGCGCCAGAGCUUACAGCUCCGCGACGAUACGUCCGGGACUGACGAGUUCGUCAAGCUUAUCUCAAAUCCGUUUCGCAACCAAUUCACUGUCACUGCCAUCUGGGCUUCCCUUGGAACCUCGAUCGGAUUCUCCAUCCUCCUCGCUCUCCUCUUCUCCCUCUUUCGACCCCGUCACUCGGUUGUCUAUGCCCCGAAAGUCAAACAUGCGGACUCGAAACAUGCGCCUCCUCCGGUAGGAAAAGGCUUUUUCUCAUGGGUGAAACCGGUGCUGCGCACUCGAGAGCCUCAACUGGUCGACACACUCGGCCUAGAUGCCGCUCUUUUUCUCCGCUUUACCAAAAUGUGUCGGAACAUCCUGAUCUUCAUGAGCAUCAUCGGUUGUAUGGUCAUGAUUCCUGUUAACAUCACCCAGAGCAAAGGCAAUGGCGAUCAGUCAAACCUAUCGGUCUUGAACACCAUGACGCCCCUCUAUGUGGUCAAUCCGACAGCGAUGUGGAGUCAAGUGGUAUGUGCCUGGGCUUUUGACAUUAUCAUUGUGUUCUUUCUCUGGAGGAACUAUCGAGCUGUUCGGGCACUGCGCCGUCAAUACUUUGAGAGCUUCGACUACCAGCGCAGCCUCCACGCCCGAACUCUGAUGGUCACCGAUAUUCCUGGGCCAGAUCGAUCUGACGAAGGCAUUCUUCGAAUCACCGAUGAGGUCAACCCCACUGCUGCUCUCCCCCGUGCCGCAAUUGGUCGCACUGUGAGGGAUCUGCCUACCAUUAUCAAGGAGCACGAGGAUCACGUACGACAAUUGGAAUCCGUUCUCGCCAAAUACCUCAAACGCCCAGAUCAAUUGCCUGCGAAGCGGCCCACCAUGCGCCCACCUCGGAGCCAACGGAGCAAGCAUCCAGGUGGUAGAGUGGAUGCUAUCGACUACUUGACGGUGCGCAUCAGGGUCUUGGAAGAAGAGAUCAAACAUGGGCGAGCAUCGAUUGACCGCCGGAACGCUAUGCCGUACGGGUUUGCCAGUUGGGAAAGAAUCGAGCACGCCCAUGCUGUCGCGUGGACUGCGCGCAAGAAGCACCCGAGGGGUACUACUAUCGCUCUGGCGCCCCGGCCGAGUGAUCUGAUCUGGGAGAAUCUGCCUCUGACAAAGCAAACGCGCAAGUGGAAACGUUUCAUCAACUUCAUCUGGGUGACUCUCCUGACUGUCGUCUGGAUUGCACCGAACGCCCUGAUCGCGGUCUUCUUGUCCAACUUGUCGAAUCUGGGCCUUGUAUGGCCUGCAUUCCAGACAGAGCUUGAGGCAGACCCCCAUGUAUGGGCUGCUGUGCAGGGUAUCGCGUCGCCGGCGCUUACUUCUCUUGUCUAUCUUGUGCUGCCGAUCAUUUUCCGACGCCUUUCGGUUCAAGGUGGUAGCAAGACCAAGACUUCUCGGGAGAGACAUGUGCUGGGCCAGCUCUAUGCAUUUUUCGUUUUCAACAACCUUAUUGUCUUUUCGCUCUUCUCGGCUGCAUGGACAUUUGUUACAACCGUGAUUGAGAAGAGCAGCGAGGCCGAGAAUGCAUGGCAGGCCAUUGUGGACAGCCAACUUUAUACUCAGCUGGUGACUGCUCUGUGCAAUGUUUCGCCCUUCUGGGUGACUUGGCUUCUGCAACGUAAUCUGGGUGCCACCAUUGAUCUGGUACAGAUUAUCACUUUGACAUGGGUGUGGUUUGCGAAGACCUUCCUUUCGCCGACGCCUCGACAAUCGAUUGAAUGGACUGCCCCGCCGCCAUUUGACUACGCCAGUUAUUACAACUACUUCCUUUUCUACGCGACUGUGGCAUUUUCCUUUGCUACUCUCCAACCAAUUGUACUGCCAGUGGCUGCGCUGUACUUUGGUGUUGAUGCCAUGCUGAAGAAAUACCUGCUGAUGUACAUGUUCGUGACCAAGAAUGAGUCUGCAGGAGCGUACUGGCGCGUCUUGUUCAACCGCUUAGUAUUCGCAACCAUUCUUGCUAACCUCAUCGUCUGCCUUGUCGUCAAGGCGAGAGCCACUUGGACUAUGGUGUUUUGCGUCCUCCCGCUGCCUUUCUUGAUGCUGGGAUUCAAAUUCUACUGCAUGAAAACCUUCGAUGACGACUGCCACUUCUACAACCGCGGAAACCUAAGUGAUGCUGAAGCACUGGCUGCUUCCAAGUCUGGCAAGAAAGCCGGUGAUCGCCUCAGCUCCAAGUUUGGUCACCCAGCACUUUAUAAGCCGCUCAUGACCCCAAUGGUUCAUGCUAAGGCUGCGGAGGUUCUCAAGGCCAUCUACCAGGGCCGCUUGGAGCACAACGACUUGGGUGGCGAGUACUCCGACAUUGCAAUGAACCCAAUGAUGCCAUCGGAACCCGGAAAGUCCGCCGACCCCGCUCCGUUCGAGGUCGUCCCCGAGAAUCAACUGGAUUUCUCGUACUUCAAGGACCGCGCCGACUUCCGCGACGAGUUCGGUGGAGGCAUCUACGGCAGGCCGGAGGACCUGAUGACCGAGCGUUCCCAAACCCCACGCAGCACCUUGGGCGACUGGUCACCGAGCUCCUCCCGUGCAUCAUCUCCGGUUCCCUCUCUACCUUCAAUGUCUGGGCUGAAGGUGCACGACGGCUACGAGGCUUCCGAGGGCGCCCCUCUCGUCCACCCUGCCUUCCGUGUUCCCCUGUCACGGGGUGAUAGUGGUGGUCUUUACCAACAAUCAAAUGAGAGCGAGUCAAGACUCCUCGGUCAUGCUCAGACUCCCGCGCACACCGAGUCCUCCAACCCGCUCGACCGCUGGCGCACUGGCGGCUACGGCCCUGUUGAGCAGGAUGAUGAUCCUGUUUCAUACACUUCGUAUGAGCCCUACCGCGCUCAGCGGUAG